GCCUACCCCAGCAUUCUUUUUUCCAACAAAAAAUGUUCAAAAAGUUCCCCAAAAAUGUUGAAACUGUGAACAUCAGAAGUUUCACUAACAGCAUCUGUUUAAUUUGUCCUGCUGUGUCUGUGCUUCAUCAGAUCUCUGGUUUCUGAGCCGCGUUUCCUGUUACCAUUGUUGUUUCUGUUUGGGACAAUAAAGUUUCUGGUUUGAAAGCACGCCCUCAGCACACACACACACACACACACACACACACACACACACACACACACACACACACACACACACACACACACAGAGAGACAAACACAAACACACACACACAGACACACCUACAUUCCUGCAUCAGGUGAGUUUUACUGUAAAAAAAAUCAGAGACAAUCAGGAACUUUUAACGUCUUAGUGGGAUUUUAGCGCUGAUUUUGAAAGCAAAACAGAGUCUGACCACACACACACACACACACACACACAAACACGGGCAAGCACAGACACACACAGACACACGCACACACACGCACACACACAUGCACACACACACACUGCUUCAGGUCCUCACAGAGACACAGAAACGGCAGCAGUCACACAGAGUUUAAGAGUGACGACGAAACAGCAACAAGUGAAACAGACACACACCGACACGGGACAGGUAGACAGGUAGACAGGUAGGAAACAGGUAAAUAACAGGUAUAGAACAGUAAACAACAGGUAAACAAAGGGUAAACAACAGGUAUCUCAGGUGUUGGAACUGACUCUGAGGAGUUGACCGAGAGAUGGCUCCUCCCCCCGUCCCAAAGCCUCGAGCUCGAUACCUGCGGGACAGUCAGCGCUCCACCUCCUCUCUGGACAGAGAUGGGAUUGGAGGAAAUCUACGGGCAGAGUUUACUAACGGAACUCACCUGAACACAGAUGAAGAUGCUCCUCCUCCUCCUGGUGGUCCUGGUCCCGUCUUCCCAACUCUGGCCGGUGUUGCUGACAUCAUUGCCAUCAGCAUUCCUUCAUUGGCUGGGAUCGCCUCAACCAUCGGAAGCUCCACCCCCUCAGCAAUCGGAACUUCCGCCCCCUCAGCCCCGCCAUCCUUAGAGAGCAUGGCUGACAGCAUCGCCACCAACAUUCCUGGCUUAGCUGAAGCUGCUAGCGUUGUGGCUAACCCCUCUUUACCUGCAGAUACCAAAGGUACUGCUAGCUUAGACAGCAUUGUUAGCUCGCUAGCUAGCAUACCCAGUUUAGCGGGGAUUGUUAAUGGCUUGGCUAACCCUGCUAUUAGCUCCGCCCCCUCAGCCCCACCCCUCCUAGAGGAUAAGCUCCACCCCCCCUCACUCCCGAAGACUGGUGGAGACGCUCACACAGAUGUUGGACUCCUGUCUCAGCUGGUGACAUCAGCUUUAGAUCCAACUGCAGACGUGGUUUUACCUCCAGUCCAGGGUCCUACAGAGUCCAGACAGGAAGCAGAGGAAGGUUUGACUCCACCUUCUCACACCAAAGAAGAAAACCCGUAUGUCACUUUGUUGGGCUGUUGGACGAGCCAAGAGGAAGCAGACACCGAGUCAUCCAAUGAAGAGGAAGAACCUGGAGUAAGCCCUGCCCCCUCUGGACCUGAAGGACUAACGGAAGAAGAUCCUGCCUCUACAAAUACCAUCAAUGUCUCGUCCAAUGAUUCAGGUCGGCCCGUCCCCAAACGACCAGCCCCACCCCCUCCUCGCACAGCUGACCAAUCAGGAAAAUCUGUGAAGCGGAAGAUCCCAAGGGCGGCCACCAUCCGGGUGUCCAGGAAGAAGGGGGUCAGUGGAAGUUCUGGUCCUCAGAGUGCAGUGGUCCGAGCCAGCUGGCUGGACAUCUGGAAGGGCUUCAGACACAGUGUUUUAUGGGCAACGCUGGACGGACAGCUGAUGUCUCUGUGGAAAAAACGCACAGACAGAUUCAGUGAGGUCCUGUUUCAUGUGUCCAGCAUCACCAACGUGAAGAAACAGGACAAAGGCAGAUUCUCAGUUUACUUCAGGAAGAAACAUUAUGACUUCAUGGCUCAUAAUGACGAGGUCCAGGAUGGUUGGAUCACAUCUCUGCUGGCAACACGGGGCCAGCCAAGCCCCACCCCCACUGAGCUGCAUGGGCCAAUCACCAUCAAGGACCCGCGGAGCCGUGCCUAUGCCGCCCUCUGGGGCCACAACCUCUGGAUCUACCCCAACAAGGAGGGCUUCCAGCUGGGCAUCGCCUCCUUCUCCGUCCCCCUGAACCUGGCCACAGUUAAAUCCACCGGGAAGCACUCGUUCAGCCUCAUCACCCCGUACCGGAGCUUCAGCCUGUCUGUUGAUUCAUCGAAAGAAUUGUCCGUCUGGUUGGACAGCCUGUCCUCGACCAUUCGCAGCGCUUUGUCCUGCAGCCAGGUGGCGCUGCGCCUCUGGGAAAACCCCUGCAACAAAGUUUGUGGAGACUGUGCAGCGGCCAAUCCUGAGUGGGCAUCGGUCAACCUGCUGCUGGUCAUCUGUCAGGACUGUGCAGGUCAGCAUCGAGCUCUGGGCAGCAACCUGUCGAAGGUACGCAGUCUGAAGAUGGACAACAAGGUCUGGACCGAACCACUCAUACAGCUGUUUGUUACCUAUGGUAACCAGUUGGCCAAUCAGGUAUGGGCUCCUGUGGUGCCGGCGGUGGACCAGCUGCAUCCAGAGUCGACGGACGAGGAGCGGUCCCAGUUCAUCCAGGAUAAAUACAGCAGGGGGCGCUACAGACUCGUCCACGCUCUGACGUCGUCCCCCUCAAUGAUGGAGCAGCGUCUCCGUCAGGUGGUCUGCAGCGACAACAUCGAGGAGACGAUGUCUCUGAUCUGCUCCGGAGCAAAGGUGAGUCCAUCAGAUCCACAGAGCCCCUCCCCCAUCCUGCUGGCAGAGAGAGCCAAUCAGGCAAUGCAAACGGAGCUGCUGCGACUCAACGAGUACACAGAGGUUCCACCUCAUCUGCCCCAGUCAGCCAAAGGGAGACUUGGCUCCGCCCCCUCAGGUGAGGAGGAGGAGGAGCUUCACGGUAAACUGGAAGAUGACCGCUUCCUGUUCUCUCUGGAGAACGACUCAGCAGCCUGCGACGUUCUGGACCUGAGAGAAGUUCUAUCAGUGUUCCUCAGUGACGGACCGACUCAUCAGUUUGAGAUGGUGACACUGAGCGGUCAGCUGAUCUGCAAUGCCGAUGACAAAGAGGCUCUGCAGACUCACUUGGUCCACAUCCUGAAGUUCUUCCUUACAGGUGAUUCUCCCAGGGGGGUGUCUUAUGCAGAAGUGGGCGGGGCCUGUGCCAUCAGUAAAGUAUGUGUGGUUGAAGUGGGCGGAGCCUCGAGCCAGCCAGAUGCCUGGUUGUUGCUGUGGGAGGACGGAGUCAGCGUCCACCCGGUCCAGAGACGCUCGCAGCAGCCGCUGAGGAUGGAACUGAGCACGCUCAGUCACCACGAGAUGAAUCCAUCUGAAAACAUCAUCACCAUGGCGACCACGGACAGGAGCGUGGCCUUUCGCUUCAAGGAGCAGCACAGCUGUCGCUCCUGGUUCAGCCACCUGCAGAGAGCUCUGGCCAAUCAGGGCUCAGCUCCACCCCACCCUGCUGUGGCCAAUCAGGGCUCAGCUCCACCCCACCCUGCUGUGGCCAAUCAGGGCUCAGCUCGCCAGAUGCUGUACCCGAUGAUAGACGUGGGGGCGAGAGGUUCGGUGCCGGCGGCCGUGGAGCGCUGCAUCUCCCACAUCACCGCCUACGGCCUUAAGGUGGAGGGCGUCUACCGUCGCUGUGGUCUCGCCACCAAAGUCAACCGAUUGGUGGAGGCCCUGAUGACAUCACCGAACUCUGCCCCUCUGGAGGGAGAUGAACAGGGUGUGUUGGACGCUGGCUCCGCCCUCAAACAGUAUGUCCGCCAACGGGAGAGUCUGAUCCCCGAUGGACACCGAGAGCAGUGGCUGCAGGCCGCAGUGAUUCCAGAUGAACGCUGCCGGUUUAAAAGAUACAGACGGUUACUACGGCAACUACCUGAUGACAACAGAGCAUCACUGAACGCCCUGUUUGGACACUUCUACAUGGUCCAGGUGUUCUCUCAGGUGAACAAGAUGUCGGCUCAUAAUCUGGCCGUGGUUCUGGUUCCGUCUCUGUUCCAGGACCUGAACCAGGAUCUGAUCAGACUCACCAAAGAGUUCAUCAUCCACCACACACUGCUCUUCCUGACGCUGGUGGUAGAGGAUGAGGAUGGUGAAGAGGAGGAAGAGGAGAUGACUACCUUCUGAUGAAGAACAAACUCAGCUCAUCUGAAUGUUUCUGAAGUUUCUGUGUUUUUAAAAUGAUUGUUGACUUUAAGGAUGAAGGGUUUAUUGGUGCUGGAAUGAAUCUCUGCAGGUAGUUGCUUUUUCUCACUGAGUGUGGCUCCGCCCCUGCUUGCUCCGCCCCCGUGCUGGCUCUGCCCGUGCUGGCUCCGCCCCUUGCUGGCCCUGUUUUGUGCAACAACAUGCUAACAUUUGUUCUGCUGAAGCUCCAAUCUGUAUUUUAGUCGACACACGCUAAACUUGCUAUGUUGGUGUCUGGUUGCCGUGGUGACACUCGGUGUUUCUGUUCUGUGGCAUCGUUGGACAGGAAGUCAGUCACACCAAACAUAGACUCAUAGAACACCAGAGAGGUUCACGCCCACUUCCUGUCUCAGAACUGGAGGACAUGUUAGAAAAUCAGCCUUCAGCUUUCUGCUCCAUAUUGAUCAAUAAUAGGUACUGAUUGUCUCAUUUUUAUUCCAUGUUUCUGUGUUGUUGCUAACCCUACUCUAAUCCAUGCUAAUGUGAUCUUUUUCUCAGCAGUAGAAGCUAGAUAUUUAGCUAGCUGUUACUUCUGACCACUGAUGGAAAACAGUCCAAAGAAUGAGUCUGAUCCUGAUAAUAUGAGGUAGAGAGAGACAUUCAAUCAAGACUGACAAUGGAUGAAAAGAUGGAAAAUAGAAGAGAGGACAUAGCUUUGAUCUACACAUUCUGUAGGAACACUGAUGGAGGAUGGAAACGACAAAAACAAGACAGAAAACGACAAAAACGAGACACAAUAUGACAAAACAAGACACAAAACCACAAAAAUGACACACAAAAUGACAAACGAGACAUAAAACCACUAAAACAGGAUACAAAACGACAAAAAAUACAAAAACAAGACAAAAAACGACAACACCACUAAAGCGAGACACAAAAGAACAGAAACAAGAAGCAAACGACAAAAAUCACAUCAAUGAGAAAAACGAGACAAAAAUGCAAAAAAACAACACACAAAACGACAAAAAAUGACAAAAUGAGACACAAAAUGACAAAAACAGACAGGAAACCACUAAAUGCUCAUCUACAGGGUGUGCUAACAUUAAGUUGAUUAAAAAAUGUUCUCAUAAUUACAGAAACAUGAAUGAAAAAAUAAAAGCAAUAAAAGCAGAUUUAAAUUGGAUUCUGUUUCUAUCAGAGAUCCAGUUUGGUCAUCAGAGGGGUGGAGGAGAGAAAAAAGGGAUUUUAGGGAAUCUCUAGACAUUUUUGGUAUUUAAAAUAUUUUAAACAUUCUUUUAUUCCUAAUUUUUGAUAGAUUUGGUCUCAGGACAAGAACAUUUACACACUGCUGAUGUUUCAGGGUUUUCUACGUGGAUUAUUGGAACCAUCCGGCUGCAUUUGGUGUUUUUGAUUCUCUGUAGGUCGGUUUGGGGAAACAUCAGCGUUUCUUUUACAUGUCAGAAGCUUGAUUAAAGUUUGGAACCCAAAUAUGUGGUUCUGGAUUCAAAUAAAAACAUUUAACAACA